AUGAAACUACCACAAGAAACUAUCAAUAAACUACAAAAAGACCCCCAAUCCAUACGGAAUAUCUGUAUCCUCGCCCAUGUGGAUCACGGGAAGACCUCAUUGAGUGAUUCGUUACUUGCAACCAAUGGAAUCAUCUCCCAAAGAAUGGCAGGUAAAGCCAGAUUUCUCGAUUCAAGAGAAGAUGAACAAUUAAGAGGUAUCACCAUGGAAAGUUCUGCUAUCUCCCUUUACUUCAAAACCAUGAAAAAGAUCACAAAUGAAGAUGGGUCCGAUGACAGUGUUAUCCGUGAACAUUUAAUCAACUUGAUUGACUCUCCAGGUCAUAUUGAUUUCUCAUCUGAAGUAUCUACUGCUUCAAGAUUAUGUGAUGGAGCUGUUGUUUUAGUGGAUGUAGUGGAAGGUGUAUGUUCACAAACAGUCAAUGUGUUAAGACAAUGUUGGGUGGACAAGUUAAAACCCAUUUUGGUGUUAAAUAAGAUCGAUAGAUUGAUCUUAGAAUGGAAAUUAUCUCCGUUAGAGGCAUACCAUCAUUUAUCCCGUAUCAUUGAACAAGUCAAUUCCGUCAUUGGAACUUUCUUUUCUGGUGAUAGAAUGCAAGAUGAUUUAGACUGGAGAGAAGGUGGUCAGGUAGAAGAGUUCGUGGAAAGAGAUGAUAGUGAUUUAUAUUUUUCACCUGAAUUGAAUAAUGUCAUUUUUGCUUCUGCUUAUGAUGGUUGGGCCUUCCUGAUCAAUACCAUGUCUAGAUUUGUAUCUUCGAAGUUAGGGUUCAGUAAUCAGGUGAUUCAGAAGACUUUAUGGGGGGAUUUCUAUCUUGAUAUGAAGAAUAAGAAAAUCAUCCCUGGUAAGAAAUUAAAGAACCAGAACUUGAAAUUGAUGUUUGUAAGUCUUGUAUUGGAACAAAUAUGGGCUGUUUAUGAGAAUUGUAUGGUUAACCGUGAUGAUGAGAAACUUUCCAAAAUUACUGAAAGAUUGAAUAUUCAACUAUCAGCUCGUGAUUUAAGACUGAAAGAUCUCCGUGCUAUUUUAACCAUCAUCAUGUCUCAAUGGUUACCAUUAUCCCAUGCUUUGUUGGGGAUGGUUAUCGAUUACUUACCAUCACCAGUUAAAUCACAAAAUGAAAAAAUGACCAAAUUAUUAAAUGAAUCUUUCUAUAAACUUGUUCCUGAAGGUCAGUUAUCAUCAGAUUUCGAACAUUCAGUUAAAAACUGUGAAUCUGACGAGUCAAAUCUUUUGGCCUACGUUUCAAAAAUGUUAUCCAUCCCAAAUACAGAAUUACCUAGAGAUGCGGUGAUUGAAUUAACAGAGGAACAGAAGGAAGAGAAAUCUAGAUUAGCUAGAGAACAAGCACGUAAAGCAUCAGAAGCUGCUGCCAAAUUGAAAGAAGAACAAGCAGCUGAAGAAUCAACAAACGAUGAAUUUGCUCUUCCUUUAGCUAAACUUGAUCCAUUUGAAUGGGAAUAUGAAGAAGAUUUCUUUGAUGAUGAUGAAGAAACAAACGAAACUUUAGUGGCAUUCACACGUAUCUUCUCUGGUACCUUAACCCGUGGUCAAACCAUAACUGUGGUGGGUCCUAAAUAUGAUCCAUCUUUACCUGAAGACAGUAUCACCAAUAUUCCUCAAGUUUCCCAAAUCAUUGUUCAAGAUUUAUUCUUGAUCAUGGGAAGAGAAUUAGUACGAAUGGAAACUGUACCUGCUGGUAAUAUCGUUGGUGUAGUCGGUUUGGAUGGUACGGUAUUGAAAACUGCCACUUUAUUAUCUUCAUCUAUACCAUCUCCCUUCAUCAACUUAUCUUCAACUUCCACUUUGAUUCACAAUAAACCCAUCAUGAAGAUUGCUGUAGAACCAACCAAUUUGUUAUCUUUAGGUAAACUUGAAAGAGGUUUAGAGCUCUUAUCUCAUGCCGACCCUGUUUUUGAAUGGUAUAUUGAUGAUGAUACUGGGGAAUUGAUUAUGAGAGUUGCUGGAGAACUUCAUUUAGAAAGAUGUAUCAAGGAUUUGAAUGAUAGAUUUGCUAAGGAUGUGGAAGUCACUAUCAAAGAGCCAGUGAUUCCUUUCAGAGAAACUUUAGAUCCUUCAGGAACUUCAGCUUAUAAUGAAGAAGAUGAUGUCAGCAAUGAUGUUGAAGGAUUACAUUUAGAAUUUGAAACUUUCCCAUUAGAUCCUUUCAUCACCAAAUUCUUGAUCAACCACGAACAAGAUAUCUCCAAAGUAAGAGAUUUGAAAGCUAGAGGUACUAUUUAUGAAGAAUUCAAAAAGAAGUUGAUCAACUUCUUAAGUCAAGAAUCACAAACUGACAAAGAUUCCUUUGAUUUUGGUGUAGAAAAGUACGGGUUUACUGAUGUGGAACUGUUUGUUGAUAAGAUAGUAUCUUUUGGACCUAAAAGAAUUGGUCCUAAUAUUCUUAUUGAAGCACCUGAAGUCAGCAAAUUUAAGCAUAUAAUGUCUCAAGAUUCUCCUGAAUUGAUCGAAUAUGAAGGUUAUAUCACCAACGGGUUCCAAUUGGCUAUGAAUGAAGGUCCUUUAACUUCAGAACCUAUCCAAGGAGUAUUAGUAGUCAUCAAGAAAGCCUAUGAAAUCGAUAAUUCCAACCAAGAAUUCUUAUUAGGACGUCAAGGAAGAGUUAUCACCCAAACCAGAGAUUUAAUCCAUCACAAUUUCCUCCAUAAUGGGGCAAGAAUUUGUCUCGCCAUGUAUACUUGUGAGAUUCAAGCUACUACCGAAGCUUUAGGUAAAGUUUAUGCUGUGGUACAAAAAAGAGGAGGUCAUGUGGUUAGUGAGGAAAUCAAAGAAGGUACACCAUUUUUCACUAUUGUUGCUAGAGUUCCAGUUAUUGAAGCUUAUGGAUUCUCUGAAGAAAUCAGAAAGAGGACCAGUGGAGCUGCUUCACCUCAAUUAAUCUUCGAUGGAUUCGAUAUCUUGGAAAUAGAUCCUUACUGGGUUCCUCAUACUGAAGAAGAAUUAGAAGAGUUCGGAGAAUUCGCCGAACGUGAAAAUGUAGCCAGAAGAUAUAUGAACGAUGUUAGACGUAGAAAGGGAUUAUUUGUAGAUGAAAAAAUCGUCAGUAAUGCUGAAAAACAGCGUACCAUGAAAAAAGAUUAA